AUGGUUGGCAUGGGCGCCUCGAGUGGCGUGUCGCGCGAGGUGGCGGCGAGCCGUAAGCCUGAUGGCGGCUCGACGAGAGGCGACGAAGCGAGCGGCGAAGCUGCUCGGCUCGAGCUCGAAGGCGACGGCGAUGGGGAGACGGCGCCGGAGGCGGCGUCUGGCUUAGCAGCGGCUGUGUCCUCGGCCGUGACGACAGCCUCGAGUGGCGUGUCGCGCGAGGUGGCGGCGAGCCGUAAGCCUGAUGGCGGCUCGACGAGAGGCGACGAAGCGAGCCGUAAGCCUGAUGGCGGCUCGACGAGAGGCGACGAAGCGAGCGGCGAAGCUGCUCGGCUCGAGCUCGAAGGCGACGGCGAUGGGGAGACGGCGCCGGAGGCGGCGUCUGGCUUAGCAGCGGCUGUGUCCUCGGCCGCGACGACAGCCUCGAGUGGCGUGUCGCGCGAGGCGGCGAGCUGA